CUGCAAAGUUGCAUCGAGAAGGGUGUGGAUGUGAACGAGGUGGAUCAGAAUGGGACAUCAGCUUUACAUCUCGCCAGCUUCUACGGGUAUCACCCCAUUGUUCAUGCUUUAAUUGAUGCACGUGCACGUGUCGAUGCACGUGAUCGAGAAUGGUUCACGCCACUUCAAAGAGCUUGCAUUCAUAAUCAUGCGAACACCGUCAAAAUACUGAUAAAUCGUGUAAUUGUUCUUUUUUCUUGUUUUUUCGUAUACGACGCCCAAACAAACAUUGUGCAUAUGUUUUCUUUCGUUUCAGAUCGACCAGAUUGGGGUGGUUGCCCGCCACUUCAUUAUGCUACUUUUAAUGGAAACUGGGAUUUUGUUGAGCUCCUUCUAAAGUCGAAUGCCAGCCCGAAUGUCAGAAACAAACAGGGCAUGACAGCAGCCCAUUGGGCAGCUCUCAGUGGACAUAGCGAAGUGUUGAAGUUACUAGCUGCGAACGGUGUUGAUUUACGUUUGCGUGAUCAGCACAUCCGAACAGUGCUGCAUUAUGCGGCCCUCUCUGGGGAUAUGGAUACGGUGAAUUUUGUCCUGGAAAAAACCACGAUACCGAUUGAUAGUCGUUGUUCGGUCGGCUAUACACCACUACACUAUGCUGUCUUCAAUGGCCGUAGUCGUGUGGCUGAAACGUAA